AUUUUAGGAAAUUAUAAAAAUGUCAAUUAAUUUUGUGAGAAAGUCAAGUGAUGAUAAUAGAAUUGAAAGAAAAAAAAAUCUUGAAAGUAAGCUUGAGCAGGCUAAAAUUGAAUAUGAAGCUGUCAACCGUAAAAGGCAACUUGAGGAUCAAAGAGGUGAUUCAAAAUGGAUUCUUCCAUCUCUUGAAAAACGAAUAGAUGAAAACAUUCACUUGAAAAAGAAACACAAAAAGAAACAUAAGAAGCAUAAAAAGGAGGAAGAAGUUGAGGAGUGGGAGGAGGCUGAUCCUAAAGGUGUAACUGUUGACCAAACAUGUGAAACUGGUGAUCAAGCAAGUAAAACUGUUGAUCAUGCAAGUAAAACUUCUGAUGACAAAUAUCCUUGUACUGAGUCAAAAUUGGGUAAUACUGCCUCUCCUCAAAUGCAAACUUUUCCAAAGAGAGAAGAAUGGAUGCUGACAUCAUCUCUUCUAGAAAAAGCCAUGUUAUCAUCUAGUCAUCGUGAGAAUAAAACCAAAACAUCAAAAAUUGAAAAAAAGAAGAAAGAAGAAGAAGAAAGGAAGUCUGCCUAUUCUUCAAGAGAACUAAACCCAUAUUGGAAAGAUGGCGGCGUUGGUUUGCCUUUAGAAGCUAAUAAAAACCAAGAAACUAAAAAUGUUGGUGUAGGAGAUGGUGGAAAAAGCUGGAUACAAAAAGCGUAUGAGCGUUCAAAAUUACAAGCUGAAGAAGAAGGAAUUCCUCUUGAAGAUGUUGUUGCUCAAAGAUGGGGUUCUAUGGCCAAGUUGAACGCUCUUUUAAAAGCCUCUGAAAAUAGUUCCCGAAAUAAGCAAGAAUCAAAACAUACAUCAUCGUCAGGUUGGAGAAAAUCAAGAGAUCAAUCUUGUUCGUUAUUAGUAUCAAAUAAUGUGUCAACAUCAACAAAAACAUGUAAAGACGAUAAAAGCUGUGAACAGAAAACAUCCUUUGAUAAUAAUGCACCUGUAAAAAAGGACCAUAAGGAUAUUAUAAUAACAAAAGAUAGUGAUAAUGUACCUGUAAAAAAGGACCAUAAGGAUAAUAUAACAACAAAAGAUAGUGAUAAAUUUUCUAAUACAAGUGAAUCUAUUUUGUCCACCAGGAUUCCUUUAACAGAUAAAGAAAAAAAUGAAAUUAGUGCAAAGAUAUUACGCGCAGAACUAAUGGGUAAUACUGUGCUUUGUGCUAAGCUUAAGUUGGAGUUACAACAAGGAAGAAUAAUAUCAACAGUGAAUAAAUCUGAAAAAAUCUCAACAAGUACUGAGGAUGUUCUUCUUACACGAGAAGAUAAGCAUGGAAAUCUUUAUCCCCUGAAGCUUCAGCAUGGUGCAGAAGAGCUAAACAGAAAAAGAACUAAAAAAAAACUGGUUUCUAUGCAUGAUUCUGAAGGAAAUCGUGUAAAAUAUUUCGAAGAUGACGACUGUACAUCUCUUAAAACAAUGGUUGAAAAUGAACGGCUAACCACAGCAGAUGAACAACAUGCUAUGAUGCACAGAAUGGCAUCAAAGCACUUAGGAUCAACAAUGGGAGAUGAUUAUACUGUAGAUGAUAUGUUUAUAACAGCAUCAGCUGUUAAAGGUACUACAGCUUUAGAAGAUAAAAGAACUAAAACCAAAGCUGUUGCUGCACACCAACUACGUGAGAAACAGCUUAGUAGUUGCAGAUACUGCUUUGAGAAUCCUAAAAUCGCAAAACAUUUAAUUGUUGCAAUUGGUGUAACGACCUAUUUAGCAUUACCUAUAAAUGCCUCUUUAACAGACGGUCAUUGUUUGAUAAUACCAAUGCAGCAUAUCAUUGGACAAUCGUUUAUGGAUGAAGAUGUUCAACAAGAAGUUAAGAUGUUCAAGCGUAACUUAACAUCAAUGUUCUCUAAUAACGAUGAAGAUGUGCUCUUUAUUGAGUCUUGCAAAAAUAUUCAUCAUCAAAAUCAUUGUAUAAUUGAAUGCAUACCUGUUCCAAAAGAAGUUGGAGAAAUGGCACCUAUUUAUUUUAAGAAAGCAAUAACUGAAAGUGAAAGUGAGUGGAGUCAAAAUAAAAAGAUUGUCACUAUAACAGCAACUGGUGGAAUAUCUAAAGCUAUCCCAAAAGGUCUUUCUUAUUUCGCUGUAGAGUUUGGUUUAGAUGGGGGAUUCGGACAUGUAAUUGAAGAUGAACGUUUGUUUCCUAGUAAUUUUGGAAAGGAAAUAAUUGGUGGUAUCAUGGAUUUAGAUGUACGGUUGUGGAGGAAUCCUCCAAAAGAAAGCUUUGACCAACAUAAACAUAAAGUACUAAGGUUUUCUGAACAGUGGAAGCCUUUUGAUUGGACACAAGAUAUUUAAUCAUAGAUUAUUUAUUA